AUGGAGGAGCUGCCUGUCGCCGAAGCGAGACCGGCGCUCCUCGAGUGGUAUCGAGCCACGCGCCGUAGGCUUCCGUGGCGAGGGGACGCGCCGCCGUACAACGGCUCCACUGCCGGUGUGAACAAGGCCGGCUCACGCGCGGCACAGGUGGCCGCGGAGCCCUCGCCCGUCGGCGAGGUGUCGGCGUACGGCGUGUGGGUCUCGGAGAUCAUGUGCCAGCAGACGCGCGUCGAAGCCGUCAUCCCGUACUGGCUGGCCUGGAUGGAAGCCUUUCCGACGGUGCAGGACCUCGCUGCCGCCUCGGAGGAGCAAGUGAACGCCAAGUGGGCGGGGCUCGGCUUCUACCGGCGCGCGCGCAUGUUGCACGAGGGCGCGAAGCAGGUGGUGGACGAUUUCGAUGGCCAGCUACCGCAAACCGUCGACGGCCUGCUGCGCCUCAAGGGCGUCGGGCCGUACACGGCUGGAGCGAUCGCCUCGAUCUCGUUCGGCGUGCCCGCGCCGAUUGUGGACGGCAACGUCCUACGCGUGCUCUCGCGGCUG